ACGAAGAUAUUUAUCAUUUAGACGUCGGCUCGGGGAAAUAGAUAAAUACUUUUUUUAGAUUGACAUUCUCUUUAGCUGUAGAAGUAUAGACUGCUAGUAUUCAAGGCCAUUCAAACUCGUCGCCAGAGAUUAAAGGUGUCGACAACGAGUGUUCAUAAUUAUUACAUCUUUGACGCUGACGCUAUUAAAACAUCAUGCCAAAGAAUAAAGGAAAGGGAGGUAAAAACAGAAGAAGAGGGAAGAACGAGAAUGAGACAGAAAAGAGAGAAUUGGUGUUCAAGGAGGAUGGACAAGAAUAUGCUCAAGUAACUAAAAUGCUGGGCAAUGGUAGAUUAGAAGCUAUGUGCUUUGAUGGAGUCAAGCGAUUGUGUCACAUUCGAGGGAAGCUUAGGAAGAAGGUCUGGAUAAAUCAAGGAGAUAUUAUAUUAAUUGGUUUACGAGAUUAUCAGGAUGCUAAAGCAGAUGUUAUAUUGAAAUAUACGUCCGACGAAGCACGUAACUUGAAAACUUAUGGUGAAUUCCCAGAAACUGUACGUAUCAAUGAUACAGUCACCUUUGUGGAAGAUGGAUUUGAUGAAGACAUUGAGUUUGGCGAUGAAAUUAGCGAUAAUGAUGAGGAUGAUGUUGACAAUAUCUGAUGACCUGCAGUAUAAAAAAAAGGUAUGUCACGAAAAUGCAUGGAGACAUCUAUUCAUUUCACAAAAUACAAUUAUAUGUCAAGAUUUCUUCUAUCGAAUAACUCACUUCCUUCCUGUAUGUAUCGACAAAUAAAUUGUUUAUGGGUAACAUGUUCCAAUUUGAGUAGUUAUACUUGAUAUUUGUAAGUUUUAUAGGAACAUGAAUUCUUUUUUAAUAGGAAAAUUAUAUAGUUGAUAUUUAACAUAUAUUUAAAUUUCAAUAUUUUGUGUUAUAUUUAAUACAUUAUAUGCCAGAUUAGCUAGAUUUGUUUGUGUACAGAAUCGAAUGUGUUGUGACCAAUUUCAUAAUCAUCUCUCUAUAUUUCUCUAUAUUUCGUACAUAUUAUCUGCCAAUAAUACACAUGUAUGCCGUCAUUUAAGCAAAAAAUAGAAAUAUACAUCACAGUGAGUACUCUUUUGUGUGUAUGUUGAAAUGUCUCACUCUAAAAUAUCCAUCGAGAAAUGAAAUAAUGUACAAUUAGAGACCUCUAUCCUUUGUCAUUGACUUUGAUGAGAUUUUAGAGUCAGUGCAAUUAGUAAAUUGUCAAAUUGCUAAACAAAUUAAAAAACAACUUGCAACUUUCUAGUGACAGAAAAAACUUCUUAGCAUGAUUAUUAUUGUAAUUUGAUUGAUUAGACACUAAUAAUGAUACAAUUGUUUAUAUAACUGUGCCAGAUAUAAUUCUUGGAACAUAGUUUUAUUAUCUCAGUGCAAUUGUUUAAUAAAUGUUAUUCUUCAUUGCAUUAAAGGAGGAUAGUGCUACAUUUCGACAAUUAAUCGGUUAUUAACGAUGAAAAUGUAUAAUUAAU